GGUCAGUUGACUGUAAAAAUUUAAUUAAUCGUACUGAAGUAUCAAAGGCCUUUGGGAGUGUUUUUCAAGUAGCAGGCUAAAAUAAAAUAAAUUUUGUGUGGAAGAGACUAAUCUUUGUUCUUUUAUUUAAUUAUAUAUACUUAAAACCAAAUAUCAUAAUCAAAAUGUCGUCUCGUAAAACUGCAGGUCGUCGUGCUACAACCAAAAAACGUGCCCAACGCGCUACAUCCAAUGUCUUCGCAAUGUUUGAUCAAGCCCAGAUUGCAGAAUUCAAAGAAGCAUUCAAUAUGAUUGAUCAAAAUCGUGAUGGUUUUGUCGAAAAGGAAGAUUUACACGAUAUGCUGGCAUCGUUGGGCAAAAAUCCUACCGAUGAAUACUUGGAAGCCAUGAUGAACGAAGCCCCUGGACCAAUUAACUUCACAAUGUUUUUAACAUUAUUUGGCGAACGCCUACAAGGAACUGAUCCAGAGGAUGUGAUUAAAAAUGCUUUUGGCUGUUUCGAUGAGGAGAAUAACGGCGUAAUACCUGAGGAUCGUUUGCGUGAACUUCUUACCACCAUGGGUGAUCGUUUCACUGAUGAAGAUGUUGAUGAAAUGUAUCGUGAAGCUCCUAUUAAGGGUGGACUCUUUGAUUAUAUCGAAUUUACUAGAAUUCUCAAACAUGGUGCUAAAGACAAAGACGAACAAUAAAUGCCACUAUUCAUAAAGACAUUCCCCUCCAUAUUAUAACCGAAUACUUUUUGUUCAUUUUACUGUUAAAAUUAUCAUUAAUACAAGAAAAAAGUUAACAUUUCCCAACUUGCAAAUGUUUUUUACAUUUUUCUCUUCACUUUUAAAGGCAUCUUUGUUGUGUGACCUUUUAGUCGAAACGCGUAUAAAUCCUUUAAAAUUAUGUGAACGUUUAUUGAUAUGAAACACAUCAACCCUGCUGUAUUUAUAUAAAUUAUUUUUUUUUUUAAAUAUUUCCUGUCUACUUUCGUUUCACAUGUACUAUAUCUUUAAGUACAUCUGAGUACUUAAUGUUAUUAUUAUAUACUUUACCAAUAUAGAACUCUGUAUGCCAUUUCAAAAUCAAUUUAAGAAUAUCACACUUAUAAGUAUUAACGUGAAAAUCAUUUAUAUCUAAAUAUUGAAUAAAAUUUUAUACACAAUCCAUACACAUUUUUAA